AUGGCGGCGGGAUAUAUUUUGACGGGGAAGGCAUCGAUCCGGGGGAAUUCCGAGGUGAUGAAAAUGGUGUUGUUGACGUUUUGCACCAUUGGAAUUACAUUUACUUGGGGAUUUGAAAUGAGCUACUGUACGCCGUAUCUCCUCAAACUCGGCUUGAGCAAGAGCAAUGUCUCCCUGGUCUGGGUCGCUGGGCCUCUUUCUGGUCUCAUCGUCCAGCCGAUUGUGGGCGUCGUAGCCGACGAGAGCACGUCGCGUUGGGGCCGUCGUCGGCCGCUGAUGAUGAUUGGGGCAGUGAUUGUGUCUGCGUGUCUGCUGGUGCUGGGCUUUACGCGCGAGAUUGUGGGCGCGUUUGUGGGCGGCGAUGGUGGUGAUACGACGAGGAGAUUCACCGUGGUUCUUGCAGUGGUUGCGAUAUACGCGGUGGAUUUUGCGAUUAAUGCGAUCAUGUCGUGUGCGAGGAGCCUCAUUGUUGACACCCUUCCCCUUGAGAAGCAGCAAACGGGCGCCGCUUGGGGCAGCCGUAUGAACUCCAUCGGCCACAUGAUAGGAUACGGCGCGGGCUCCAUCGACCUCGUUCGCCUGUUCGGGCCUCGCCUCGGCGACACGCAGUUCAAACAACUGGCUGUGAUUGCCUCCAUGGCGAUCCUCGGCACCACCUCCGUUACCUGCUACGCCGUCACCGAGCGCGUCUUGCGGCCGUCCCAUCACGAGUCUCACUCUCUCUCCGCCAAGAAGCUCCCCAGCGAAGGGCCCCUCAAGGUCUUGCACCAGAUCCGCUCCACGCUCCUGACUCUCCCGCCUCGCGUGCAAGCCAUCUGCUGGGCGCAGCUAUGGUCCUGGAUCGGCUGGUUCCCCUUUAUCUGCUACAGCUCGACCUGGGUCGGAGAGACCUGGAUCCGCUACGACAUGCCUGCGAACGCGAAAAGCUCAAACGCCGACGUGCUGGGCGAGAUUGGCCGCAUUGGCAGCUCUGCUUUGGUUAUUUAUUCGACCGUCAGUUUCUUUGGCGCCUUCUUCCUGCCCAUGAUGGUGCGGUCCCCAACGGACGAGUCCUACACCCAUCGGCCAUUGCCCGCGGUGGCCGGCCUGCUCAAAAAGCUGGACAGGAUGAAGCCAGAUCUGCUCCAAGCGUGGAUCAUCGGGGAUUUAAUGUUCGCCUCGGCCAUGUUCAUGGCUCCAUUGGCCAAGAGUUUUGUGUCUGCCACGACUCUCAUGUGUAUCUGUGGCAUACCAUGGGCCAUUGCCAUGUGGGCUCCCACGGCCUUCCUCGGCAUCGAAGUCAACAAACUCAGCGGCGCUCAAGACCCAUCCGCCGCCCUCCCCUUGACAUCCACCCGCCGCAACAGCAACAGUCGCUCACAAUCAUCCUCGGGCGAGCUGUCCGGCAUCUACUUUGGCAUCCUCAACAUCUACACCACCCUCCCGCAAUUCAUCGGCACCCUCAUCUCCACCAUUGUCUUCGCCGUCAUGGAGCCCGGAAAGAGCCCGGACCUGCAUGACGAGACAAAGGACGCGGCUGCGGCUGCGGCUGAAGGAAAGGAGGCUGGCGGGACGAAUGCCAUUGCGGUUUGUCUCUUUAUAGGGGCCAUGAGCAUGUUGGUUGCGGCUCAUAUGACACGGAAACUACGAAAGCUGUGA